GGAGGCGCCGCGAUAGGCCCAACCGGGCGGCCGGAGAGAGCGGGAAGCGCAGCGGGCGGGCGUCCUCUUCCGCCCCGGCCCGGAAGGGUGAUGUGGCUGGACCAGCACCGGCCUCACUAUGUCUGCCAUUUUCAAUUUUCAGAGUCUGUUGACUGUAAUCUUGCUGCUUAUAUGUACGUGUGCUUAUAUCCGAUCCUUGGCACCCAGCCUCCUGGACAGAAAUAAAACUGGACUAUUGGGAAUAUUUUGGAAGUGUGCCCGAAUUGGUGAACGCAAGAGUCCUUACGUUGCUGUAUGCUGUAUAGUGAUGGCCUUCAGCAUCCUCUUCAUACAGUAGCUUCAAAAACUACCAGCGUGUGAUUGCCAUCAGACUCUAAACAAAGACUUGCCUCCAGAAAAUAAUGAGAAGAAUAGUUAACCCUUUUAUCUCUGAACAUGAAAUGAGAUAAAUUUCAAGAUGCUGUUCUCUAUUUUUAUGCUAUUGGACCAAUGAGCUAUAUAAAUAAUUAAGAUGUAACAGUUUAAUACACAGGAUGUGAUUAUAGCAAUCAACCUCAGUCUGUUGCUCCAGUAUUACUCUCAGCAAAUGUCAUUCUGUUGUCUCGGGACUGCUUUUCAUAAGGUUCUUGAGGCCACAAAGUAGAACAAACGGUGGAUUCCACAGGCUCCUUUCACUAGGGCUUAAAAAUGUUGUCCUCAUUGAAUGAGACCUUCUAGUGACUGGCCUAUUUUUAUUGGAAAAAAAUUGUUCUAUUUUUGUUGUUGUUGCUAUUCUUAUGGAUCGCAUUCAUAUUUAAACCAUUUUGAUUGCUAACCAGAAUACCUCUAUCCUUGGCAAAUUAUUACAGGUGUAAAAUAUUUAAAACAAAACCCUGCAUUUCUUUAAUAUAACAUGGUCAAGUGUGGUCACAGAUACAGCUGCCGUUCUCUGAGAGAGCAUUCUUAGAAUGGAAGCAGGUAGAACAAGAGCAGACUAGUAGUCUCACGUGUUCUCAUUCUCGCUAGUGUCAGCUCCUCUAAAUAGAGCGUGCGUUGUAGUUAUCCCAAGUGCGGUUUUUGUUGUGUUUUUAAUGCAUCUCUUUAAAUACAGUUUCUUUUCUGUCAGCUUCAAUUGUAGGUGAUAAACACAUCUCAUACCUGCUUAGUCUGGAUCCUACGGUCUAAGUAUCUCUCAGCUUUGACACUGAAGCAAGAAUUUGAGCAGUUUGUAAUGUAGAUAUAUGCAAAGAUUGGGAAUGAAGCCUUAGUAUAAAAAGGCAAUUGGAAGUGGGAAUCCAUUGCUAUUUUAAAGCUAAGAGGAAUUUAAUCUACCUGAAAACACAUACUACACAUAACAUUUAUUAUUUAAGUACUGGUUUAAGUAUGAAAGAAAUUUUUUCUCAGAAAUGAAAUUCUAUAGAAACAGAGUACUGAACUUGAAGCCUUUUUAAGUAGCAUUAUCACCCUAGCCCAGACAGGCACAAAGCUUGCUAGACCACCAGGUUUUACAGACUGCUCGAAGCUGCAUGGAUUGCACUUUAGGGUAACAUCAAAGAAGCUUACUUUGUGUUUUCUUGGGAUCAUUUUUUUCAAAAGGAUCUUUGGAAUGUCUAUAGUUAAGACCUGUCUAUUUUACUUUGGACAGGAAAUCAGAUUAUGGUAAUUAUUCUGCUCUGAACUGCAUCUUGGGCUUUAUAUUAGGUCAAAGAUUUCUAGGACGUCCCAAAAAUCGGACUCCCUCAUUAGCAUAUUUGUGCACAGUAAGUCAUCUUUCAAGGUCUGAUUUCUGGGUGGCCAUCUGUUGUCCAUCUCUGCUACCAACUGAAUUUUCCGGAAGUCUUGUCAACAUUUUUUCCUAAGUUAGCACACAUCUCAUAAAAAAGGAAAGAAUAAAGAAUAAGGCCUAAAAUGUUUGUUUAAUUUAACAUUUCAGACAGUGUAGGUGGAAAUGAGAGGAACAUAAUUUGGACUAUGUGUGGUAACAUAAAACGGUUAACUGUGUGUGGCAGCGCAUCUCUAUCCCCGCCAUCCUUCUCUUUUUAAGUAGGGCUCUCUGGAGUGUAGGAUCGAUGCAAAGGUAUGGGAUUUGAUUUAAAAAAGAAAGACAUUGCUGUUUUUGAUGUGUAAACCCUGACUCGUAUUUUCCGAGCCACCGGGUGGUGUAGGGGUGUGAAGCCCACAGGAUACUCAGCUCUGUGUUCAGAUGGAAUGUGGAGGAGCAGUAAGCACUGCUGGCAUCUGGCCUCUACACAGUGGCUAUAAUACACAGCUUAAGGAGGAACGCUGAGACCCAGGGGAUAGCAAGCUCCAGAUUGGCUCUAGAGUCUUUAUCCAUGUCUCAACAUUUGUUUUGUAUUGGUGUUUGGUUCAUGGUGAGUGUCAUCUGUGCCAUUGUCAGUGUAGGGACAUGUCUUAUUUCCAGGCAGUCCUUCAAGAUGGUCAGAAGCCACUUAUUUGUCAAAUUUUUGAAAAAGAGUUUAAAUUUAGUUCAAUGUCUUGCUGAUAUCUCUUCUACCUAUGCCAUAAACUACCUUAUAUGUUUCCAUUCAAGAUAUUUCCUACUGGGGUUAGUAAGAAUAUGUAAUUUAUAAUAAAUUCCUUCAUCUUCAUAAUAAAAUUAUUCUCAUCAUCGGAUAACACAUUUUUAUGAAUUAAGUUUUCCAAGUUUACAAAGUCCAUCAAAUCUUUGCCGCUAUUUGUGAAAAAAUAUUUAGCACUUGUAAAUAAUUUAUAUUUCAGGAAACAUUACACAGUUCUUAUGGUGUGUAACCAUUGAAAAUAGAAAUAUGAGUCGUUUCCCUGUAUUCGUCAUAUAAAUGAAAGAUUGAUGUAUAUGAAGUAGAAUGUGCUAGCACUUGUUAUUGAGAUAAUCCCAAGAUUCUAGGAGCAAAUGCAGAGCCAUGAUUCAUUGAGGGUAGAACUUGUAGAAGAGCAUGGAAUAAGCUGAGCUUCGCAGUGUUUUGCAAAAGCACAGUUGUGUGUUAGAUAUUAUAUGUCCCUUAGUUUGUCGUGGCACUAACAGAGUAUGGUAUAAACCAUGAAGGUGGACAGGUGUUAUAUUCUGGAGAGUCAUGUAUUUUACCUACCUCAAAACUGCAGAUCAGUGUUUUCCCUCCUGCCUCACAAAUCCUUCAGGAGGAUAAUAAAAUCUCCCUCAGUUUAUGAACAGAAAGGUUGACAGUGGAAUACAAUAGUAGAUUCUCCGGAGAUUUCUCUAAACGUUGUAGAAGCAACUAGCCAGUUGUUUCCAGAAACCUGUAAAAUCUCAUAUUCCAUCUGCUAAAAGCAGUCCCCGCUGUUAAAGCAAACACCCACACCAAAAGUGCACUGUUUACAUUUCCUGGAUGCACAGAAAAUAUUUCCAGUUAUCAAGAACUUAAGCUGCACAGAAGCCUUUGGAAAGUUAUUCCAUCCUUGCAAUCUGAAAAUGUUUAGGGGCCACUCUUUUCUCUAAUCUAGUAAUAAAUGUUCUCAAAGUGGUGCUGGCAAUCACCCUUGUGACCUUCAGGAAGUCAAGACUAGUUUCUGAGAAAUAACUUCAUAUUGUUUCUCCUUUGCCCUAAACUAAUUCCUAAAUAGUCUGAAAUUCUAUUCCAGUACCUUUUGGAGAAAGAAAAAUGAUUCGUGUUUAAAAGUGGAGGUGAUCAUCCUACUCUGAUUAGUUCAUAUGUCUGCUAUGUAAUAAAAAAUGAAUUGUCAAAAAGCCUCUAGUUUUGUCUUAUCACAUUAAAAAAAAAAAAAGUAGGGUGGCCAUUAUGACCAGAGUAGCUUAUCUACUUUAAUGUGUGGACUUGUCAAGAUAGGUUUCGAGGUAAUAUUUUACUAGUUUGUUUCUUAAGACUACCCACACGACCUCCGUUGCAGCUCUGCAAACUAUAAGUAUCUGAAUAAAUGACUUCUGUGUUACUCUGACCAUGAUACCAGACAAGAACAACAGGGAAGUUUGUGGGGUAUUUGUUUCCCUUCUAGUCAUA